UCUCUGGCAGAUGUGAACAGCAAGGAAAUGCAAAGUGGAAACCAGACUUCUGUGUCUCACUUCAUUUUGGUGGGCCUGCACCACCUGCCACAGCUAGGGAUACCACUCUUCCUAGCUUUUCUCGUCAUCUAUGUCCUCACUGUGUCUGGCAAUGGGCUCAUCAUCCUCACCGUCUUGCUGGACACCCGGCUCCACCGCCCCAUGUACUGGUUCCUAUGUCAUCUCUCCUUCCUGGACAUGACCAUUUCCUCUGCCAUUGUCCCAAAGAUGCUGGCUGGCUUUCUCUUGGAUAGUAAGGUUAUCUCUUUUGGGGGCUGUGUAAUCCAACUUUUUUCUUUCCAUUUCCUGGGCUGCACUGAAUGCUUUCUUUACACACUCAUGGCUUAUGACCGGUUCCUGGCCAUCUGUAAGCCUUUGCACUAUGCUACCAUCAUGACCCACAGCGUCUGUAACUACCUGGCUUUGGGAACCUGGCUGGGAGGGACCAUCCACUCACUUUUCCAAACAAGUUUCAUAUUCCGGUUACCCUUCUGUGGCCCAAACCGAGUUGACUACUUCUUCUGUGAUAUUCCAGCUGUCCUCCGACUAGCCUGUGCAGACACCACCAUCAACGAGCUGGUCACAUUUGUGGACAUCGGCUUCCUUGCCCUCACCUGCUUUAUGCUCAUCCUUACUUCCUACGGCUACAUUGUGGCUGCCAUCUUGCGAAUCCAGUCAGUGGAUGGGCGCCGCAAUGCCUUCUCCACCUGUGCCGCCCACCUCACUGUUGUCAUUGUGUACUAUGUGCCCUGCACCUUCAUUUACCUGCGGCCUGGUUCCCAGGAGCCUCUGGAUGGAGUGGUAGCUGUUUUCUAUACAGUCAUCACUCCUUUGCUUAACCCCAUCAUCUACACACUCCGAAACAAAGAGAUGAAGGCAGCCUUGCGGAGGCUGGGAGCCCUCAAGAAAUUACAGCCUCACUGA